AUGCUUCGAAAAUUUUCAAUACUUCUAGUUAUUGGUAUUGUCUUCCCUGUCUCUGCAAAGUUUGGAGAGAGAGUUAAUGAAGCAACGAUAAUCCAUGAAUCAGGAGGACAAGCUGGGCCGGAACUUCAACCUGCCCGCUCUGGUGGUUCUACCAGCUCCAGUGAUCGUCCCGCAGUGGGUUCCCAGCAGCCGCUUGCUCCACCUACUGCCGACAGGCGCCAGGCAGAUGGGGCUUACAACAGUGCGCAAGGCCCUCAUGGCACUUCGUCCGCUCUCCUCCAUCAAUCUCCACCGGUUCAAGCGGGUGCACGGCCCGCUCAUCACCAGCAGAACCCUGGUCCUUCCGCCGUUCCGCUCCAUGCAUCUCCAGCAAAUCACGAAUACCAGCAGGGCUCUUCUAUUUCUGCUACCGUUUACCAUCAAUUUCUCCCGGCAAUUCCAGGCGGGCAGGUCGGUGUUGGCCCCGCAGUGCCCAUGGGGAUUUCAGGCCGUCAAGCAGGCCCUACGAGCUACCAGCAAGGCACUGUCCAGUGCGCCGGCCACUCCCAAGCUUUCCCUGGGAGCCCAGCCGGUCAAGCAUCAGCUGUCCCCCGCUACCAGCAGCAGGUUGCGGGUCCUUCAGCGGUUUCUCUUCAAAGCAGCUCAAUCACAUCUUCUCACGUAGGGCCACCCACCCGUACUGCUAGUGAUGCCCGACCUGCGGAGCAUGGUCAAAUCAAUGAUCCUCGGACUCAAUCGACACUCAAUCCGAAUACAGUUGCUGAAAUUCCUGCAAACCCACCAUCACAGCCAGGUAAGUGA